AUCACCGAUGCCACUCAGUUUUGGGAAUGGAUCGAAAACAUCUUUUUGCCUGCAGCUUUUGUUGACGAUUGGUACAAUGGACAUGAAGAAAGAGUUUCAGAAUACAUUGGAAAUAAGCGAUCAAUUCUGGUCGGUAUGCCUCGCUUGCGGCAACUAAGGGUUAAGGAAAAUUCUUGUGAAGUUCAAGAAUUGUUUAAAAACACGAUCACAUCUUGUUUCGAUUUCUAUUCGCCCACAAAGGAGGAAAAAGGAACUUGGAUUUACCCUAGAAAGAUGAAUGGCUCCUCAGUUCUGUGCCCAGAAAAUUGGGAGUAUAAUACAGAUAGAAGGUUUGGCGGCUUUGAUUCCUGGGGUCGUUUUGCUGUUUACAGUGGUGGAGGAUACAUUGCUAAUUUAGGCUACAAUAGGCUUACAGCUAAAAGGAUUAUCAACGACUUGAAAGAAAACCGCUGGAUCGAUGGUCAGACCAGAGCUGUGCUGGUGGAGUUCUCGCUGUAUAAUCCUCCGAGUAACCUUUUUGCGGUGAUGACGUACUACUUCGAAGUCCUUCCUUCUGGAUUUGCUGUCACGUUCAAGAGCUAUGGAAUUUUGUCUCUGAGCGCAACGAACUCUAUAGCUCAUAGCACUUAUUUGUUGUUCGUGUUGUUGUUUGGCAUUCUUCUUGUUUGCUUCUUCGUUGUCCAGUGCAUCAAACUCUGCCGCCAAAAGUGUUCUUAUUUCAAGUCGAUGUGGAAUUUGUUGGAUAUGUUGCAGAUAAUCACGGCAUCAUCAGCGAUGUUACUGCAGUGGAUGCGGACUAAAGUGGCCACAAAGACUUUCGAAAAGCUGAAAGAUAACCCUUACCUUCCAGUCAGCUUCCAUCGUGUCUUACUUUUGUUAGAGUUUGAAGAGGUGGCUAUUUGUGUAACUACCGUGAUUGCUACACUACGUCUUCUAAAAUGCUUCUAUUUCAAUCCAAAAAUAAUUGUUUUUACAAGGACACUUCGUAGAUUGUUUAAACCUAUAGCUUCUUUUUUUAUAGUGUUUUUGAUUGCAGCGAUGGCCCAUGCGCUAUUAGGGUUCAUUGCCUUUGGGUCCAGUGUAGAGAUGUUCGCCCAAGUGCAUGACGGUAUUUCCUUUCAGUUUCUAAUGCUUUUGGGACAACCAUUCCCAGUGGAUAAGCUGAAGGAAACAAAUCCUAUCAUAGGCAGCCUUUUCUUUUUCACUUUCUUCUGCAGCACCAGUGUAAUUAUUUUGAAUAUGUUUCUCGCCGUAAUAAAUGAAUAUUAUGCGACCUCGAACGCUGACAGGGAAGGAGAAGACUAUGAGCUUGCACAAUUUAUAAUUAAAAGAAUUCUGGAGACCGUAUUAGGACAGAAAUCUGAAAGAAACCAGAACUGGAGGAACCAUGAGCUUUUCGAGCCAGAUUCUUCGCCAGCGGAAAGUUCCUCUAAUGGAGUUCAAAAUGACGCCUUUUCACCUGAGUGGACACCAGUCAUGUACCGGAGCUGCACACAGAAAAUAUCCAGGACAGGAGGAUCCCCAGCAGGAAAUAGUGAGGACUUCGUAGAGUGUUCAGUAUGGGAAACAUACGGACCAGAAUAUUUGUUAGUGAAAAGUUCCACUGCUGAAACAGGCUUUACAAUUGUCAACCACAAUAAAUUUUCUAGUUACAUCGCCGACGCAAGACGUUAUAGCAUCAUGACAGAUUGGAAUGCACUGGCCGAUUACUAUGACGAUGACGAUGGCGAAGAAGAAGACGGUGUCGAUGAUGAUGACGAAGACGAUGACGAAGGCAAAGACGAUGAUGAUGACGAUGGUGACAGCAACGACGACGACGAAGACGGAAAAGUUAACAACGACAACGAUAACUAUGACGACGACGAAGAUGAACGGUGCUAA